AUGCAUAAUGAAGGGAGCAUACCUGGAUGCAGUGCCAGGGGAGGAGUGGCCCUGUCUCUGUGUGCUCUCGUCACAGCCCAUUCUAUCGUAACUGGACCUGAUCAACCAAUCACUGCUAUUGUGGGACAGGAUAUCAUGUUAUCCUGUCACCUGUCUCCCAGAAUGAGCGCUGAGAACAUGGAAGUGAGAUGGUUCCAAAAUAAUUAUGAAACUUAUGUCCAUCUGUACCGUGAUGGGAGAAAUCAUUUUGAACAACAGAUGCCUAAAUAUCAAGAAAGGACAGAGCUGCUUAAAGUUGGCAUCAUGGAUGGAAAAGUUUCCUUGAAGAUUCUUAAUAUCAAAUGUUCUGAUGAAGGGCAGUACAACUGUUCUGUUCCCCUCAUCUCUGUGGAGGAUUACCAGGAAGGAGGGAUCCGCAUGGUUUGCAGAUCAGGCGGCUGGUUCCCCAAGCCCAACGUGGUAUGGAGAGAUCCCAGAGGUGAAUCUGCCCUGCCCUUUGCUGAGGCCUUCCCGCUGCCCUCGCUCACCGGGGACAGCAUCCGGCCCUUCCUCUCACUGGAGUAUGCAACAGUGCAGGUCACAUUCCACACUGCACCACUGACCCCGCCUUGCACUGCACCAGAGAGGGGCUCUUAG